UUUGAGGAGCUGUUAGAAACCACGUGGCCCUCGUCUGAUCUAGCAGCUCGUCCUUGUUUGGCCUCAGCUGCAUCAGAGCGCCACUUCUCCCCAGGUUCACCAGAGGAAACACCACUGCACAAAAUGCUUUUCCUCCCAGCUGCUGCUCUGUGCUGUCUGUGUUCAGCGCUGGCUGCCAUGGCAGGACAGCUGAGUCAGGAGGAUUUAACUCUGACCAGAGCAAAGGGUGGGAACGUAUCCUUCAGCUGCGGAGGAACUGAUCAAUGUGCCAGUGGUUAUGUAUACUGGUACCAGAAGAAAAAACCAGAGACUUUCAAAUUGAUACUGAGAUUUAGAACAACUAAUUCUGAAAUAAAGAAAGGCUACAAACAUCCUCUAGAAGGUGAUUUCUCUGCAGAAAGGAAGCAAAACGAAUGUUCAUUGAAAAUAGGAAAAAUUAAACUCGAUCAUGAAGCCUCCUACUACUGCGGCUGUGAGAAGUCUGUUAAUGAAUACCUCUUUGGUUCUGGAACCAAGCUGUAUGUUUCAGGUAUAAACAAGCUGAAGAAGCCUGAGGUGACCGUGUGUCCGGUGAAAACAGAACCCAGUGAGGAGGGAAAGACCGCUCUAAUGUGUCUGGCCUCAGACAUGUUUCCUCCUGUGGUCCAGAUCUCCUGGAAAAGACAGGAGAAGAACAGCCAACAGGAGCAGCGGCCCCCUGCUGAGGAGAGACAGGUGGAGGUCAGCGGGUCACAACGUUCUGCCAUGGUCCGUAUGGUUACAGAUGAGACUCUCACCAAUUAUAAAUACAUCUGUGAAGUUAAACAUGAGGGCGGCAACGUGAGGAACCAAACAUGGAUCCAAGAAUUUAACGCCCCAGCAGCUCCCACUCCUCCACCAGCAGCUGCUAAUCGCCCUCAGCUCCCAGUGAAGCCAUCAGUGUCCUUCCAGUCUCAGUGCAGGGUGAAGCUGCUCCUCCUGCUCUACACAGUGCUGAUAGUGAAGAGUCUGGUGUACUGCUGUGGACUCUCUCUGCUGAUGAGCCUCAGAACCAAGGGACCGUCCACCAACUGAACACAUGCUGACUCAUUGCUUUCUCAUUAACUUUCAGCACCAUCGCAUCUCAGCAGUUUUUCACUUUUACCACUCUGAUUACUUAAAAAAUGUUUUUAAGUUACGCGGCAGGUAAAUCUGGUUUAAUUUAGGCUUUUUUAUCACUUCUGCCAAGGAGGUUUGUAUUUGUCAGCAUAUUUACUGUCCAUAUAUCUGUUAGAAAUGGAACUCGAAUAGUUCUGAAUUUAUGACAUUUUAAAAGAAGGAGCUUAUUUUGACAAGGGACAGAUGAUUAGAUCAUGUUGCUGGUGUGAACUACUGUGUUCAUUUCUUCUACCUUUUAAUUUUUUAAUACACUUUAACCACAGAGUGUUGCAGGUUUUUAACAUGUAUUAAUUCAGUAUCUCAACAAGCUCAAAAAUAUUCAUUUUGUGUAGAUUUCUCACAUUUAAG